AUCCAAAUAAAAUUACGCUAAAAAGAGUGUAUCUAAAAAAAUUUCCUUUAAAAAUUCAGUACCUCUUAUCUCUCUUAACGCAUCCCCGCUGCCACCACUCUGUCCCAGCUUCCUCCAGUGGCUGAUCUAAUCCCUUCUUGCAUUCAAGUUUCCGACAGACCCAGCAAAUUAAAUAAGUGGGUUUUUAAAUGACUAUCACUUGUUCAGGUUGUUGAUUUUGAUCAUCAUGGAAGCUAAAUUCUUUCGCUUUCUUAAAAUUUUCGGAGUUGGUUACAAAGCUAGAGCUGAAGCCGAGGGAAGACUCUUAUUUCUGAAACUAGGAUACAGUCAUGAGGUUGAACUCCCCGUUCCUCCUGCCGUCCGCGUUUUCUGCUUCAAAAACAAUGUUGUUUGCUGCACUGGACUCGACAAGCAAAGGGUGCAUCAAUUUGCCGCUACAGUUCGAAGUUGCAAGCCUCCAGAAGUUUACAAAGGCAAAGGUAUAAUGUACACUGAUGAAGUUAUCAAGAAAAAACAAGGUAAAAAAUCAAAAUGAUUUGUUGAAGUGCUUGAUUUUUACUUGCCUUUUUGUUAGUUGUAUUGCAGUGUCUCAUUUUGUAUUAACUUGGUUGAAUACCCAAACAAUGUAGGCAUGUUGGAACCUAUAACAUCUUUUCAACAAAUUUUUAGGGUCAUUGUCUUCAAUAAACCACUUAUUUUAAUGUGUUUGAUCGAUAAGUGAUUCUAAAGCUGGUUAUUUUUCCAGCCUUAUAGAGUUUGAGGUUAUGUUUCCGAUUUUUCUGAACCAUUGUUUGGAUAUGGGCGUAGAGCAUUAGACUCGAGUAUAUUUGUGUACACAUGUUCCACCGAAUGUUUAGUUUCUGUAUUUGAAGCUAGAAUACCUGAAUCCGGAACACAUACUCGUAUAUGUAGCUGCAGAAUUGAAAGCAUAAAUAAAACAACUCCGUGCAAAUAAUAAUACAGAGAUGAUUUGCAAAAGAUGACCCUUUUAUUUACGAAAUAUAAACCCAAAUUUCUCGUUUAUUGGUAAUUAAAACCCUAAACUUUCGAGCAACAAAAACAAUAUAUAAAAUUGUUACAUGGUUUUUAUGGAAGCUCUCACAAGUAGUGGGCUUAAAAAACUUUAAAAAAACAUACCAUAGAUGGAAGCCUUUACUUCAUUUUCUUUUCCAUUUUUUUUUUCUAACAUCAACUCCUUGGAAAUCAGCAGAGGCAAAUUUCCAGAUGACACAUAUGCCGAUAAUAACAGCAAUAAGCAUGAAUAAAACCAUAAAUAUAUAUAAGAUCUAAUUCUUGUACUUCAUUUCGGACAUCUUGAAACCCGGCAUGUCAAAUGAGGAUGCAAACUUUUCGACAUCGGCCUUCAGCUUUUCGAUCUCCUUGUUGUUCUCCAAACCUUUGUUGAAGUCCUUCAAGAGCUUUCCGUACUGCUUUUGGAUGUCCAA